GACUACGCGACACCACAAGCAAUAUUUAUUUUUCGAGAACAAUCAAGUGCUAAACACCCAUAAAUCACAAGAAAAUUUAUCUCGACGCGGCGAACGAAACAGGCAAAUAAUAAAAUCCUCUUCCCAGUCACCUACAUAGCAGCUCGAGGUACAAUAAUGCACGUUAAAUUCAAUUACGAAAUACGGUUAAGGUUGAAAAAGUUCAGCGCGCAUUGCGAAAACCUGUUGGAAUAAUAAUUAUAGAGGAAACGCCUGAACGGACUUUUCCCCUCUACCUGCAAUAAUUUUGUAGAUAAAGAAAGCAAUUAAGUAUUUUUUUGGUAAGAAUGGAAGAGGCGGUGCGGUGCCAAAUCAAGAUCGAAAGACCGAUGUACGAACACGACCAACUGAGGAAAGAUUUCGACUAUAACAAGUGUAAAUCGAACACAUGUACUAAGUGUCUACACUUUGAGACGAAUUUCAAAAAAAUACUUCUGAAAACAAUUCCCGUCAUCGACUGGUUGAGUCACUACAAAUGGAGAGAUAAUCUUUUGCCGGACUUUAUAGCCGGGUUUACCGUCGCUAUUAUGCAUAUUCCCCAAGGAAUGGCGUACGGCUUACUCGGGAACGUCCCUCCGGUUGUCGGGAUCUACAUGGCUUUUUUUCCAGUUCUGGUGUACUUUUUUCUGGGGACGUCCAGACAUAACUCGAUGGGAACUUUUGCGGUAGUGUGUUUAAUGACAGGAAAAGCGGUGCUCGAGCACAGUGACCCUUCGUUUUUAACAAAAAGUGCAAAAGUAAAUGCUACGAGCGAAAAUCCAGCCAUUCAAUCAGUCGGUGACCUCUAUUCACCCGUAGAAGUGGCCACAGCAGUCACAUUUACCGUAGCCUUGUUUCAGCUCGCCAUGUACGUGCUCAGACUAGGAAUCAUCAGUGUUUUACUUUCCGAAACUUUGGUGAGCGGUUUUACGACAGGUGCAGCUUUUCAAGUGAUUGCGUCACAGAUUAAAGAUCUCCUAGGAUUGAGGAUUCCGAGACAUAAAGGACUCUUUGUUGUCGUAAAUACAAUUCGAAGUGUCGUGGACGAAAUAUCAGCUACGAACGUAGCUGCAGUGGUUAUUUCAGCCGUCACAAUAUUUAUUUUAACAGUGAAUAAUGAAGCGCUGAAGCCACUCAUCGCUAAACGGGCAAAAUUUCCAAUCCCGAUCGAGCUGAUCGCCAUAGUUGUAGGGACUUUGGUGUCUAAGUAUUGUCACCUUGAGGAAAUUUACGCGAUUAGAACGGUCGGUGAUAUACCCAGUGGGCUUCCAGUGCCAAGCGUUCCGCCUCUAUCCCUCGUCACUUCAGUGCUUUUGGACGGAUUUACCAUCGCCGUGGUCUCUUACAGCAUCACAUUAUCAAUGGGUUUAAUUUUUGCCCAAAGGCUAAACUACGAAGUCGAUCCUAACCAGGAACUUCUAGCUCAAGGAGCGGGCAACAUUUUUGGUUCGUUCUUCUCCUGCAUGCCCUUCACGGCGUCCCUUUCGCGUUCUACAAUCCAGCAAGUGGUGGGAGGCAAAACCCAAAUAGCCUCAGUCGUGUCAUGUUUCCUACUUCUUUUUGUUUUGUUGUGGAUUGGUCCGUUCUUCGAACCCCUUCCAAAGAGUGUCCUUGCCAGCGUCAUCGUAGUAGCUUUAAAAAGCAUGGCAAUGCAAGUCACUCAUCUGUACAAAUUCUGGAAACUGAGCAAAAUGGACGCACUAGUUUGGCUGGCGACUUUUCUAACCGUGGUGUUCGUUAGCAUAGAAAUUGGUCUUCUGGUGGGGGUGGUGAUGUCGUUGGCCGCCAUUUUCGUCUUGAGUUUGAAACCACACACUUGCUUAUUGGGGUCUGUACCUCACACCGAUCUCUACAUUAACAUUAACAGAUACAAGGGAGCAGUUGAGAUUCCAGGUUUGAAGAUUUUCCAGUACUGUGGUGGGAUUAAUUUUGCCACUAGGAACAUGUUUAAGAGUGAGUUGUUGCGGUUGGUUAACAUCAACCCGCAGAAGGAGCUCGAGUAUCGAAGAAAACUGACGAAAUAUGCAGAUGAGAUAGACGUGAAGGAGGAACAAAGCAAUAACGAAAAAGUAGCAAAGUUGCAGAGAAAAAUCAAUCGUGAAUUGAGGUGCUUGAUUUUGGAUUUUUCUUCCUUGAGUCAUAUUGACCCUUCUGGUGUUUCGAUGCUUCAAGUUGUGACUGAUAGUUUCCAGAAAAUUGACAUUCCGAUUUACAUCGCUGCAUGUCCAGAACCCAUUUAUGAAAUGAUCUACAAGUGUGGACUUGUUAAUCAUAAGAGUUCCAUUCGAACAUUCCCCACGGUGCACGACGCAGUCGAAUGUGCUUUGGAAAUAUUCACCGUGAAUGCUUCUGCCAUAUCUACGAUCAGUCGUUCUUGAACGUGUUAAUUAUAUUAUGUAUAGGUGGAAAUUAUAAUAUUAAUAUCGUGAUGUAUUGACAAUGUACCUGAAAAAAAUAAAUUAAUUUACUGAAA